GCUGUGAAGUGUUCUCAUUUUGUUCUUCGAAUUCGGAAACCGUCCUUGGUCGCCGGAAUGACGACGGAGGCGAUCCCGGUGGUGGAUCUCCGGCUCCUCUCGCAGUCGGAGCUGGCGUCGCUUGCUCGUUCCGAUCCCUCCGCCUUUGAUCUCCGCCGCUGCGACGACGUCGUCGUCCCCCGCAUCGACCGCACCGUCUUCAACGAGAGCGCUGGAAGCCGCAAGCAGACCUAUUCCCGGCUCCGCCUCGCCUCCCGGGCCUCCGCCGACCCCUCCCACACCCCCCAACCGCCUUCGAUUCGGGACCCUGAUCACGACCUCAUCCUCUCCUCCCUUCGCGCCUUCUUCGCCCAGGAGGUCUCUUCUCAACCCCUAGCCCUAGCCACGAUGCCUCAGCCUCCACCUCCGCAAUUCCUGGAGAGGGAUCGAGAGGUUUUGAAUGCGAAGGGGGUGACAGUGGAUUUGGUGGCGUUGGGGGAGAAAGUGGAUCCGUUUGGGGAGGAGAUGAGGCGGCGGACCGAGGGGCUUGCUACGGUGGAGGGGCUGCUAGGUUUUCUUACGGGGCUUGAUGGGCAGUGGGGGAGCCCGAGGAUGAAGAAGAAGGUCGUUGAUGCUGCGGGUUUUGGGGACCAUUUGCCGAAGGGGUGGAGGAUUUCGAUUGGGAUCAAGAAAAGGGAGGUGGUUCCCCGGUUGUUUUGCCGGAGAUACAUCAGUCCUUGUGGAAAACGGUUCAAGUCUUGCAAGGAGGUUUCUUCUUAUAUACUUUCUUUGAUUGGAUCUCAAGUUGCUAGCCAGCCAAUUUUACAACAAACUAGUGAAAGUCACUUUAAGCAUGAGAGAUUGACCCAUGAGCACGAUCCUGUGGGCCGUGCUUACCAGUCGGACACUACAAAGGAAAUAUCUGCAUAUCCUGCCACAGCAGACAUAUUCCAUGGUUCUACUGAUCAUCAGAAGCAAAUUGUUUUGUAUACACCUAGUGAGCAGGGAAACACCAAACCUAACCGCAUAUUGGAAUGUGAUAAAUGCAAUCUUAGUUUUAGUGGUGAUGAAGAGUAUUUGCAGCACCUUGUAACCUUUCACCAGAGGAGUGCAAAGAGACGUAAGCUUAUCAAAACUGUUGGGGACGGUGUGAUUAUAAAAGAUGGAAUGUUUGAAUGCCAAUUUUGUCAUAAAACUUUCACUGAAAGGCGUCGCUAUAAUGGUCAUGUUGGGUCUCAUGUGAGAUAUCAAGGUGUGAGUUCUGGAGCAUUUCCAGAUGAUACUAUCACAGAGAACAUUAUCAACCCAUCUUCUUUGACAACAGUGCCUUGUGUUUGGUCUGAGGUUGAUGUCUCUGCCAUCAGAAUUGGAAACCGUUCUGAAUUAGAAUCUUCCGCACCCAAAAAUGUUAAUGAACAGCAUACCACCACUUCUUUAAAUCGUGAGUUGGAGACAAGAAAUCAGCCAAACUACUGUGCAACUCAAAGUGCUCAAGAACCCUGCACAAGCAAAUCUGUUGUGGAGCAUGUGUAUGAUCAUAAUGAGCCCCAAUCUAAAUCUAACAAAACUCUUGACACUUGUAAUGGCCUUGCAAAUUCUACCAUAGUAUCUCCUGUUCCUAUUGAUGUGAAUAAUGUGAUAGAAAAUCACUCACCCAAGUGUAAUGCUGAGGAGUGCAUGAGCGGAUUAAUUGAUGUUCAGAUUGAUGGUUGUGAUAUGAUCACUGUUAGAUCAGAAGAGGUUGUUAUGGCUACUGUUGUCAAGGCCACAGAACCUAGCACAUGCCUGAACGUUGUAUCUCCACCUACCGAUGUGCGUGAUUCGCCCAGUGAAAAAAUUAGCAAGAUGGACAAUGUUCUCAAUUAUGUUCCUGGUUUUCCAUCUGAAAUGCUGGUAGAAACUACUGAAAGUGUGGAUAUUAAAUCUGAUGAUGAAGCACAUGAUGAUAACUUACCUCAAUCUCUUACCAAUAUGGAAACUUCAAGUGGCAGAUCUCACAAUGGCAAGGAUCUUUCUUCUUCAGAUGUGAUUUCUGUAAUUGAGAAAAAUGGGAAAGAUCAGAAGGUAGAUUCUGAAGGUACUUGGAUUAAAUUAUCCAGUUACAGAUCAGUUGAUGAUGGUGGGACAUAUGAAGAUCAUGGAUUUACUCAAAGAAUUGGGAAACCAGUUUCUAUUGACAUUGACACAUCAAAUUUUGGAAGCGAUUUUGGAAAUAUCCAUGUAUUAUCUGAUAAAGGUGAUGAUAUGGAUGACACUAUAUGUGAUGAUCUCCACGUCAGCGGCGAAGAUCAUGGAUUUACUCCAAUUGGGAAACCGGUUUCUAUGGAAAUGGAUACACCAAAUUUGGGAAGUGAUUUUGGAAAUAUACAUGUAUUAGCUGAUAGAGGUGCUGAUAUGGGGGACACCAUCGAUGAAAAUCUUCAUGUCAGCCGCGAGCAGGGAAUAAAUCUUAAUAGCUCUGUACCUACUCCGUUUUGUGAUGUACACGACCAAGGUGUUGGACCAGGUUUAGGGUUUUCAUUCAACAAUGACAAAAGGGAAUCUGUGGUCAAAGAAACAGAUAAGGAUGGUCCUCACCUAGAAAUCUGUUUCCAAAGGAAUGCUGAAUAUGGUGGAGAUGCUGUAUGUGAUGAUGCUGACAAUGAUAAUCUAAGAAUUGCAUUGCAGCUUAAUGUUCCUAACAUGUCAUCUUCAUGGUUGUCACCAUCUUCUGAACUUCCCAUCCUUGAUUUGAUUCCAAAUCAGUGUGAAGGUUCAUGUGCUGGAGAGAAGCAUGAGAACAUUUUAGGUUUUGAAGGGUUGAGUGAGGGCCGGAUUGAACCUUCAGAUUUUGUUCUUCUAAAUGGACAAGCUGCUUCGCCCGGGUCAGUAAUGGAGUUAGACUAUAUUUCAGGACUCGAGGAUAAGCGAGGCCCUCCCAUUCAGCUACAAUGGGAUGAACCAGUGCCAUCUGAUGUUUCUAACUGCAAGUUUACGACUGUAUGUGUUUGGUGCAACAGAGAGUUCAACUGCGAAGGUGAUGUUGCUGAAAUGCAGUCGAAUACACUUGGUUUUAUGUGCCCUGUUUGCAAAGAAAAGCUUCCGGGAUAACCUUAAAAUGGUAGUAUUUGGAUGGAAAAUUUCUGAAACACCUUUUGUUGAAUUCUUUUAUGAGUUUAACAUGGAGAUGUUAAAUUCCCCAGAAGACAAGACAUUGUCAAAUUCUUCUUGUAUGAAUUUAGCAUGGAGGUUUUAAAUUCCCUAGAGACAAAAUUGAGUAAUUUCAGUGUAAUGGUGUUGAUUUUUCCUAUAAAUUGCCAAAUUGGUGCUUGAUUUUC